AACAGCGGCGGUGAGCGGCUGCGGACUGAUGCCGAUCCCACCGUGUGUACGGACGGACAGCAUCAGUCGGCGACAUGCCCGUUGCUGCUCAUCUUUCGCUCCUCUAUAAACCCUCUACCGACACCAUUUUCAACCCCCGGACCCUGCAGCACUGAUGAAGCCUCCCUUGACCGACCCACACGGGGCCAAGCGGCGGAUAGAGGAGAGGCAGGAUGUACUGGCGCCCCGGGUUCGCUUGGAGCCGCUCUUGCUUGCUUGAUCUGGGCCGGUGCAAGAGCUUGUGCUGUUCCGAGGAGCAUCUCUCUUUGUAUGGGUACAUCAUCGCCUGCCCUCUGCAAGAGUACGGAGGGGUAAUGUCUGCUUUAGCAUCCGACGCCUGGUGGAGGAAAACGCUCUACAUUACCGGGGGCGCGCUGCUCGCCGCCGCAGCCUAUCUACUACACGAGCUGCUCGUCAUCAGAAAGGAACAGGAGUUGGACUCUGAAGACACCAUCAUUCUGCAUCAGUUUGCACGGCCCAAAAAUGGAGUCCCUAGCCUGUCCCCCUUCUGCUUGAAGAUAGAAACCUACCUGCGGAUGGCAGACCUGCCCUACCAUAACUAUUUUGAUGGGAAGUUGUCUCCUCAAGGGAAGAUGCCUUGGAUUGCAUAUAAUCAGGAGCAGGUGUGUGGGACAGAGUUUAUCAUCGACUUCCUGGAAGAGAAGCUCGGUGUGAACCUCAACUCCAACCUGAGUCCUCAGGAGAAAGCCAUCUCACGUGCCAUCACGAAAAUGGUUGAGGAACAUUUUUACUGGAUGAUAGCGUACUGUCAGUGGGUUGACAACGUGGAGGAGACGCAGAAGAUGUUAGCCACAAACGGGCCACUAAGUGAUGUGCUGAGGUGGAUCCUGAGUCAGGUGACCGGCAGCAUCGUAAAAAGAGAGAUGUAUGGGCACGGGAUCGGACGCUUCUCUAAAGAGGAAGUUUACAACCUGAUGAAGAAGGACAUGCGCACCCUUUCCACACUCCUCGGCAAUAAAAAGUACCUAAUGGGCUCCACGAUUUCCACAGUAGAUGCCGCUGUUUUUGGUCAUCUCGCUCAGGCCAUGUGGACUCUCCCUGGAACACGUCCAGAACAGCUAAUCAAAGGUGAAUUCAUCAACCUGGCCAUGUACUGUGAGCGAAUCCGCCGGAGAUUCUGGCCAGAGUGGUUUGUGGAUGUUGACGAUCUUUACUACGAUGGACUGAGCGAGGAGCCGGAUUCUCCUUCCCAGCUUCCAGAUUUGGGUCUGUACUCAAACAGUGACAUCUUUCAGGAACAAGAACACACUCUGUCACACAACGACACACAGACUCCAGACAGCGACAUCACCGGCCGCUCCCUGUUUGAUUCUGAUAUGGACACCGAAUGCUCGGAAAUGGAGCAGCUGAAGUGCUAACCGUACUCCCCUUUAUGAUGCAUCUGCACGGGCCACGCCCCUUUGUUCUCCCUCUAGCCCCUUAGAAGUGGAAGGGGUGGUCAAUUGUAGAUGUUACCGUGGUGAACAGGGCAGCGUUUUCCACAGAUUCUGAGCGAGAGAUGGCAAUAAAGCAGACUGCGAAGUUAUUAUGAAAAAUGUUUGGUUACUUUAAGAGAUGAUUUUGUUAAACAAUCACAAGAAAACUUAAAGAGGGAACCAGGCCAGAAAGAAUCUCGAUUAAAAGGAAGCACAGAAACUAUAAAAUAAAGAGGGAUAUAAGAAAGAGAGAAUAUAAAGGAGGGAAUGACGCUUCGGCUGAAUUACUCCUUCCAAAGUGUGACAUCAUCACUGUGCUCAAAAUCAGCUGAAUGACAUCACCACGCACCAUGUGUCCUCUUUCCAUUCUCCAUGUGUAUUUGUAACUAAACAAUGAGUGUUUACAUGCACAAUCUUACACCGAUUAUGCUUAAUAACCCGACAUUGUGUAAGGUCAUGUAAUGUUAAACGGUUUAAGCAUGAAAUUAUUGGUAUAGGUAGAUUUUUGGCCAUUAGGUACCCCAAGUAGGUAUUGCAUCAGUCCAGAGACUUCUAAAUGGGUUUGCAAUCUGCAAAAGAGGGUGGGGAUACUCCAGAAGGGGGCAGGGUUACUUCAAAAGGGGGUUGUGCCAACUCCAAAAGGGGGAGUCACUUCCACUCACAGUUAAAGAUGAUGUUGUAAAGUUGUCCAGCUGGUAAGGUAAAGGUAGCUGUGCAGUGUGCAAACCGCACUCCCCAGGCCUCAAGAUAAGUGCUAGCCUUUAGCCUCCUUGUUAGCGCACCCACCACCCAUGCCAGAAACCCUGGUUCGAAUCCCACUCGGAGUGGGUCCAGCACUACCGGUUACAGUGGUGCCGUGACCCGGAUGGGAGUGAUGCUUAAGGGGGUAAGUGUAACAGUAGCUAGCUGGUAAGGUAAAUGUGCAGUGUGUAAAUCUCACUCCCCUGGCCUCAAGAGGCACGCUAGGGGCUGUAGCCUUUAGCCUCCUCGUUAUCGCACCCGGCUCUCAUGCCAGAGACUCCGGUUCAAAUCCCACUCGAAGCGGGUUGAGCAGGACUGGUUAAGUGUCAUGAGAUAUAAGUGUCAUGAGAUAUCUCACCGAUCUCUGCGAAAGCUCUAGACUUUGUAAACAGCAAACAGCAAACAAAAAUGUGUCCAUGGGCCACGGUCUCUGACGCUUUCAACAUGUCAAUCAUUUUGCACGUUCUUAUGUUUUCUUUGCAGCGAAUUAUUAAGGCGUAAUGCCAUAUUCUGAUAUAUGCUUUGUCAGUUGAGGACGCCAUUUCUCAACUGUUGUGUUUGACAACUGUGGGAACCUGGUUUGUGUCGGUGUCAACGGUAUCGGUGUUUUGGAAAGAGGGGGUGUGGCUUUAUCAACGGCUCAGUCUCGUGGAAGUUAGAACUAACAGCAUCUUAAAGUUAGGUAAAGGGUUGGGUUAGGGACUUCCUGUAUCUUUAAUGGUGGUUUGGAGCUCUAGCUCCUUACUGGAGCACUACCUGCAACUAUAUCCUUCUCCAUUACCCCGAUCUCGCAUUGCAUGUAUUUUAAACACCUUUACUGGUGUUCAUAUCCAGUGUACGCAAGUUUUGUACACAUGACUGUAUACGUUUUGACGUCAAUAACAGAGAUUAACCUGAUGAUUUCAAAUUUCACGUAAACACGUUUUUUUCUUUAAACAUGGUCUUUUUAUUUUGUUUUGAGGUCCUAAUCUAACGAACAUACACAAUUUGAAAAAUCGCAAUUGUGCAAUUUAGAAUUUUAAUCUGAUUUUAAUGCAUUACAUUACAGAAAUCUUUGUGUUUGUGCUCUUGUUAUAUAUGCAAAUAUUGUAUACUAAAAAAACAUCACUUGUGUUUGUCAAACAGCAAACACUUGAAAUAGAUUUCUGUGAGUGUUUUGUGCAAGAGCGCCCCCUUCUAAAUAGCUUUAUUCAACCAAAUAGAUUAUGACAGAGAACACUAGACUUGAAUAGAUCAGAAUACCUUUAGUGAAAUGAAACCUGCUUACAACACUGCAGCAAUAAAAGAAAGGAGGGGCAUAACACAAUACAGUGGGAGAGAGAUUGCUGGUGUGUGUGUGUGUUUGUCUGUGUCCAUCCAACUGCUGCAUGAGUGAGUCACUGAGUCAUCGUCACACAUGAAUACACUGGUAGGAAUGGUCUUGCAGGAAGUGAUCUGAUCACCCAUGGGUUCAUACACAACAAAUGAGAUUGAAUCAGUAUCUUGCUGUACCAUGCACACAUCCUUCACGUCUUGAACAAGCCAUUUUUAAUGUUUUGAACACAAUCAUGCAUUAAGAUAACACAAUGGUGACUAUAGGAAUAUUUAGUAAGAAAUGUAUUUUUAUUUUCAUGACCUCCAAACACUAUUGUGCUUAUCUGGUGUUAGUUCUAUAACAAGAAAAUUCUGGAAAAAUUGUUAGGAAGCACUUGUAUACACAUUCUGAAGUAACAUGUCAGAUUUAUUGACUGAUCUUGUGUAGGCCAUUUCUAAACUGAGGUGCUUGGCUUGCUCUGGAUUGAAUUUCUGCAUGCCAUUAAUUGAUCAGCUGUGCCAAACAAGUGUCACCGUAGAAACGUAGACUUUAGAAAGUCAUAAAAAUGGGUAGCCAAUCUGAGUAAAACGUCUUCUUCAGACAGUACGCACUUUCACACUUUAUACGUUGUCAAUUGUUUUUUUUUUUUUUUUAUGGUUUUAGACUGAUGCUAAAAUUUAUUUUUAUAUGUACUUGUACUAUGUUUUUAUUUAUUUAUUUACAAUGUGUUGUUUUUGAUUAGCCUAUAUAUCUCCUGAAAGUAUCACAAAGGAUUUACUUUUUAUGAGUUUUAUAUUUUUUUAUUAAUAUUUAUACUUGUGUUUUAAUUCAUACUUAUAGUUAGAAAGAGUAUUUGCUUAGAUAACUGUAUGUUUGAAAACAAAUAUGUUGUUUGUUGAUGAAUUUAUAAUGCAAAUCGGAGCAGAAUUCUCCUGAGUCACAUCUGUGGAAAAGAUUGAACCUGAAACAUUAGAAGAAAAUUAACAGUCUUCAAAAACACAAACGUUAUAAACAAAUACGUUUUUAAUGGUUCCUUCUUGAAUUUCCCACUUUAGCUUUUAGCCAGACAAGUCUGUCCGCUUUAACAUUAACAUAUGACAAUCCUGCUUAUUCCUCACAUGCCAAAUGCAAUGGAGCUAUGGCAACCAGAUGAUGGAAUUAUGUUAAAGUGAAAUAAUGAUGGAGAGAAAAAGGUUCAAGUUAUAAUGUCAGUCUCUCGUGUUUUCUCACAGAUGUGUGUGUGUGUGUGUGUGCUGAUUGUAGAGCCAUAAUGCAGAAUCAAUGUUGUGUGUUUCAUGACCCUGGUGGAUUUAUGGAUUUAUUAUGGGCUGUACUGGGGAGGGAAGGGUUGUGUACAAGAUCACUGUAAUAUAGGGAACCGAAAUCGUCUGGCAAUUGUA